AUGAACCUUAGUGUAUCCUCUGGCUACGAGUCAUACUCGUACCGGCUCGACCCUCAUGACGAAGUCGACGAUGGCUAUGCUGCGAAGGCUUUUCGUCCGGUUUCCGAUCAACAAGUUCUCCUCAGGAGGCGCCAUGUGCGGAACAAGCGUCGGGAGACUUUUGAUGCCGUCAGACUCUGCCUGCGCAUUUUCAUCCUUUUACUUGAUCUUAGCAUUCUGAGUUUACUUAUUCAUGGAGUUAAUAUUUGGGAGACAACAUAUACCUCUGUGGACAGAAACGAGGACGGCUGGACGAGAACUCAAUGGGCUUCGGUCAAAAUGCUCUCGACUUGGUUAAUGCUAGUAAUUGCAGCAUUUGCAUCCUUUAUCCAGAUGGUAGCUAUAGCAACUCAUCUCAGUUUUCCCCAAUCAUUACGCGAUGGCUGGGUACAUACCGGCGCCGUGCUGGCCAGCUCUGGUAUUACAAUUGCAGGCUGGGUUGCUGCAACUGUUUACUUGAUUAUUGAUAAAGAAGUGCUUAGGAAUAGCCACUGGGACCUAUGGUCUUGGUCAUGCCAGAACAGGGCCCAGCAGAGCUAUAUUUCCUGGGCAAGUCUAUGCACAGAAAUAUCUUAUACGUUUAUUGCUGGUCUGGUUGUUAUAGUCUUGGAAAUUAUUGGCCUAGCUUUAUUUAUCAUUUCGCUGAGAGGGGUAUAUAUUGUUGGAAGGUACAGCAGGGCUAGCACAGUUUAUUAG